CGUGGCCUCCCUCCCCCCCCCCCCCCCCCGAAGGCGGCAGUUCGGAAGCGCCGGGCGGGAGGAGUGGGACGCCGCCGAGAGGCCCGCGAAGUUUGAAAGCGCCCGCCUGGCUCCGCUGAACCGGGAGAAAUUGAAUGGAAGAAGAAUGGAGAUUAGGCCAAGAAAAACAAACCAUGCUAAGAAGAAUCUUUUUGGUCCUGCAAAUCAUGAUGAUCUGCAACAGGAUUUCCAGAGCAUGUUGAAUGAAGGCAUGGAAAGAGCCACAUGGAGGUGGAACUUUGAUUUCUUGCAAGAUACGCCAGCAGAAGGUCUUUUUCAGUGGGAAGAACUACCAAAUCAUGAGGCCCCCACUUUUUAUCACACGUGUAUGGUUGAACAGACUUACCAGCCCAUGAACCGGGAUCUUGGAAAGAAAUUGAAAAUGCAUCACACUGGUGAAGUGUUGAAGAAACAGAAGCCUGUCAAAAAUGUGGCAAAGAAAAAGUGUUUAGUAGGAAAGAAACGAAGGCAGACAUCUUUAACUGAUUUUUGUGCAACCAAGGAGAUCAGAAUGGACAUGAAAACUCCAGUAAAGAAAAUGGCAUUGAAGAAGGGAGCACCAUGCAAUGGGUCCAAAGCCCAGUGUUUUGAAAAAGGAUUAUCCAAGCUUAUAGAACAUUUUUGAAAUGGUUAUUCAUAGAACAACUACAAUGAGGUGUCCUUGAGGAAGGAAUGUCACGGAAAAUAUAAUGGGAUUUAUUUUAUUAGAAUAGUGAACAUUUUUAAUAGAACCAAAUUAAACCAAAUAACCUCAUAACUUUACAAAGUAAAAGGUCAAGAAAAAACCCAGCUAUUUGUAGAGGGACUGGGGCCUCUUCUCCACAGCCAUAUAAGAUCCAGAUUAUCUGCUUUGAACUGGAUUAUAUGGCUGUGUAGACUCAUAUAAUCCUAUUCAAAUCAGAUAACAUAGAUUAUCUGCUUUGAUAAUCGAUUCUCAAAUUUUGGGACAUCUCAGUGGAUAUGAAUAAGUAUAAGAUUAUUCAACAUACUGUGUAUGAACAAAUUGUGAGUGCUAUUACGUGGUAUUGCAUGUUGUCUUUUUAUGUAUGUAAUAUAAAGGCUUUCAUUUUAGGGUUAUCAUCAUGUUUUUAAAAUUAAGUAGGCAUACUGAAUCCUAAAUUCGGUUGUUAGAAAUUCCCACAAUUUUGCAUUUUAUGUUUCUUAUUCAUAUACUGUAGAUUCAAAUUUUACAUCAUGCAAAUUAUGAAAUCAGCAGAAUUAUGCACUUCCAUGAUUUCAUAUUGCUGGUAAUUAUAAAUCUGAAUAGAUUCCUAUGUAAGCAAUUCCCUACUCAUAGAAAAUAGUAUUUAAAGGAGAAGGGAUCUCAUUGUGUCUAGCUUGCUUUUCUCUAUAUUUUUCUCCUGUAGGUGAAUAGUAAAUGUGACCUCCCACCUGCAAAUUCAGGAUCCUUCUACACAGCCAUAUCAAAUGCAGAUUAUCUGCUUUAAACAGGAUUAUUUGGCUGUCUAGACUCAUAUAAUCCAGUUCAAAGCAGAUAACCUGGGUUAGGAAUUUUGAUAAUCUGAAUUCUACAACAAUGUGGAAGAAAGGACCAUAGUGAUAUGACAUGUUGUUGUUGAUUGUGUUUUUAGUUAUGGCAAUUUAACAAGCCACAACUUUCCAAUAGGCUCAGGCUUAUUUAAGCAGGAUUAGUUGAUGCUUGUCAUGUUUAUAUAGGCUUGGCCCAAGAAAUGUUGCUUUCCAUAGGGAAUUCUGUUGGAUUAUGGAAAUCAUAUUUACUCAAGUGUAGUGUGCCCCUUUUUUGGCUAAAUUGUGUUGCUAAAAUUAGGAUGUGCAUUACAUUUGUGUGAUAAGGUAAUUCAAAAUGGGAAACUACUUCAGGAGCAGGGGCGAAAUCAAGAGGACUUGGGAGGUGGGGAAUAAGCCCAAGGGCUGUGCAGAUGUGACAGAGACAGAGACAGUAAAGCCGGAAAGGACUUGGGAGACAGGGAAGAUAUCCAAGGGGGGAAAGAGGGACAGAGAGAGUAAGUAAAUCACAGAAUCAUAGAAUUGGAAAGAGACCACAUGGGCCGUCUAGUCCAUGCAGGGAAAGCACAAUCUAAACACCGCUGACAGAUGCCUAUCCAGCCUCUGUUUAAAAGCCUCCAAGGAAGGUUUUCCAUACAGUUUGAGCAUCCUCUAGCUAGAAUUCCAAAAUCUGACGUACUCCAAAAUUCAAUUGUUCGUGUUGGUGACUGAGAUAAUGUCCUUUGCUUUCUGAUGGUUCAAUGUACACAGACUUGUUUCAUGAAUAACAUUGUUAAAAGUAUUGUGUAUAAGAUUGCCAUUAGACUAUGUGUACAAAGUGUAUAUAUAACAUAAAUGAAUGUCACAUUUAGACUUUGGUCACAUAUCCAAAAUGCAUUGUUAUGUAUAUGCAAAUAUUCCAAAAUCCAAAACUUGGCCUCAUGCAUUUUGGAUAAGGAGUACGCGACUUGUACUUUCAACAUGAGAGCCAGCAUGGUGCAACAGUUUGGUUUUUGAACUAAACCUUCAAGACACUAUCGUUCAAAUCCCUGUUCAGCCAUGGAAAUGCACUAGGUGACUUUGAUAGAGUCACACCCUUUGAUCUUUAGUGAAAGUAGUGGCAAAUCUCUAAUAAAUCUUGCCAUGAAGUCUCUAGCACAGAGUUGCCAUAAGUCAGAAUUGACUUGAAGGCACACCAAUUUUAAACCAAUUUUAAACAUAAGACACUAAAAACAUCAUAUUUUUUAAAAGCCCUACUACUUACACUGCCCAAUAAUUAGCCCAUAUAUGCUUUUAUUAGUACAUCAUGGCAUGAGUCAACAGCCUAAAGAAAGCUACUUCCCUGCCUGGUCCCCUUAGGGGUUAUCCUUACUUUGCCAUUGGGCAGUAGCUCCUUAUAAACCUACAUUGUGAUUAUUGCUUUUUUCAUUUGAAUCUAAUAAAAUAUUGUAAUGUGCACUCUCAUGUAGGUGCGAGCUCAAAUCUCACUUCCUGGAAAAGUUAUUUUUUGACAACUUCCAUGCUGGCUGGGGGAAUUUGGAAUGUCACAAAAAUAACUUUUUUCCAGUGCUUUACCUCAGAUUUCUUUGGCUGGAUCAGAAAUUUUAACUUUUAAAAAUACAUGUUGGCAGAAUGUCAGCAUAGUCUGUUUCUGACACUGUAUUUUCUCCUUGCUUCUUGUAAAUGAAAAUGUUAUCAAUUACAAUAUGACUAGACAAUAAGAUAUGGCUAAAUAUUUUAUCAUCUUGUGUAUGUGCCUUCAAGUCACCUGUCAGCUUACCUAUACAUUUCAUAGGCUUUCCUUAAGCAGGAAAAACGUAGAUUAGAUUUUGCCAGUUUCUUCCUCUGAAAUAAAACCCACAGCACCAGGUAGUCAUUGCCAGUUUCACAUCUAAAUACUUACCAGGGCUGAUCCUGCUUAGUUUCCAAAGUCACACUUUAAGAAAAUACAAUUAAACACCAAAACAGAAAGCAGCAAUUUCUAUAAUUACAAUGUAUCUUCCAGUAAAAAAUAAGCAAAGAAAGAAAAAGGAGAAAAAAUACUUCCAAUCUGUAUAUCAACAGUUAUAUGCAACAGACUUAUCUCACACUUCUUUUCAUUAGCCAUGAACUCCUAAUAAUCAAAUAAAAACAACCAAAUUAUC